AUGAUGCUCCGAGCGGCAGGCAAAAAGCCUUCCAAUGCGGCCCUUCGUCGCAGCAGUAAUGAAAUUCAUCGGUUAGCGAGAGGAAGUCCUAGUCUGGCGUCGCUGGCUGGAUUGAAUGAAAGAGCAACUCCAGACAAUCGAUUGUUGACCACUCAAUCAUCAUUGAAUCUAUCAAAUAAACAAACAACUCCUUGGACAGCUUCCAUGCUAACCAAGUCGGAUUUUGAAACGAAUUUGAUUCCAUUAUAUCCUUUCUCUUCACUUCAUGAUAUACGCACAAGAAUACCGACCAGGAGAAUAGGAAUUCGGCAUCUGACUACAAACAACAAUAACAACAAAAACGAUGAGAAUUCAGGUGACAAUGCUUCAUCGUCAGCCACACCGAAAGAAGUGCAUUCGAGCGGCAUUGGCAAGGUCACCACAGAAGAUUCGGCAUCCACAGCAAGUGAUCUCGCCAAAUCCCAUGCUUCCUCAGCCCGAGAUGGUGUCAAUAAACUAGUGGGGUCGGUUGGGAAACGGGUGAACGAUCGAUGGAAUGAGGGGGACAAGUUGUCAGUCUAUGGGAUUGUGGGGUUGAUUGGACUUGUGCUUGUGUCUCCCUUUGUAGUACGACACAUGCGAAAUUCAGAUAGUACUUACGAUGAGGACUUGGAUGGAGAAGAUCCCGUCGCAGAGAUGGCAAAAGUAUUUAGGGAGGAAUUCGGUGUUGGAAAUGAUUCUAUGAUGUCAUCUGUGGGUGGGGGGUUAGAUGGAAUCAUUGCGGACUUGCUGAAUAGUCCCAGAAUUCAACAAGCGGUGACGGAUCUUGUUGCAAAAGUGCUCGGCUCUCCCGAGUUUAAGACUUCGACACAACUUUUGUUGCGAUCACUAUGGAAAGAUUUAGUAGAAGAUCCGGAAACUUUGGCGCAAGUUAUUCAUCUGUUGCAAAACGUCAUUCAAGAUGAACACAUCAAGGAGGCUGCCAUUCAAUUGGUAAUGGAAGUUUUCAAUGACAAGGAAGUUCUAGACGAAUUGGUUUCAUUGCUGCAACGACUGGGAAAAGAAAAGGAAGUCUUGGAAGCCACCCAAGCGCUACUAGUAGAGAGUGCUCACAAUGCCUUGAACGAUCCCGAAAUUUUGGAUCACUCCAUGGAAUUCGCCACUGAUGUUGUCGGUGAUGAUACUGUCCAACAGACCGCUGGAGAAGCCCUCUAUAACACAUUUUCGUAUGCCGUUCGGCCCACUAUAUCUGUUGUUCUGUCGAUUGUCGGUGCUGGUUUCAUUUUUCUUUCCAUCUCAGCCUUCCGAGCUGCCCACUCUUCGGAUCAGAGUAUGGAUGCUACUCUAGCUAUUGCCAUGGAAAAUGCAGUGCAUACGGUAACGAAGAUUGUCACGUUCCCACAAACCAUUGCACUCGCAUUCAAGAAUGCUUUCGUGUCUGUCUUGCUCUUUCCAUUCCGCAUGAUGGCAGCUGGGUUGAGGAGGCUGGGAUUAGUAGGAAAUGCUACAUUGAAUGCCUUCAAUCAAACCCUUGACUUUCUGGCGGCUCUUCCAUUUCGAUUGUUUGGUGCGCUCGCCAAGAAUUUGCAAAUUGGAUUCCAAGCACUCGUAGGUCGAGUUAACCAUCAAUCAGAGAGACUAAUGGAAGCCAUUUCUGCGUCCUUCUUGAUGGACGUUUAUCUUGGUAUAUUGGAAGCCUGCUCGAAGAGUAUGGUUAUGACACAGGACGCUCUCACCAAUCUUCAAAUCUGGCAUUCUGGAGCAUCGGCAGCGGUGGAUGAGCUUGUACGGACUGCCGUGUUGUCCCUACAAGAUGUCUUUUCAAAGACUAUAACGUCGUUCACAAGCAUACAACGAUCAAUGGAUCAACGAAUUGUGAGUGCCUACGAUCAAGCUUACAAGAUCACUUCAGCCUAUUUGGGACAAAUCUGGACCAAGGCAGUCAAUUCUAGUGUUGUCGAGCGUGCCAUGGACAUAAAACAACUGAAAAGGAUUUCUGAAAUAUCUGCGAGGAAUAUCUCACGCGGUUAUGCUUCGGCAAACAAAGCAUUAAUUGCCUACAGCCUUUGGGUGGAAGAACUGAUUGCAAACCUGCUUAAAGCUCUUCAAUCCAAGAACAAUCUGCCACCACCAGGAGAUGCUGCUACGAUAUGA